AUGAAUCACAACACCAACAUCCACUUUGGGAACCGGACACUGAUCCCACACGAUCUCCACGGCCGGAGUUACCAAGACCCAGCCGUAACAUCGUGCCACAUCCGUUCCCUCCCAACCGCGCUCAUCCGACGUUUGAAGGACCUAGCCGAGACGAGCAUCAUUACCAUCAUCAUCAAAACCGACCUCCGGUUUAUCAUCAACCACCUAGACCAGUGUUGCAUUCACACCACGACCAUGUUCUCAAUAGGCGGAGAGAUAGCCAUUUCGAUGCCGUGCUUGAGGGUUUCAUGGAGAGCCAAAGAAAAACUAGCCGCGACAUUGAACAAAGCUAGAGUUCACGCGAUACGAACUAGAUGGAAGACUUGGAGAACUCUCUACCCAAAUAGAGAGAGUAGAGUCAAGAUGCUUGGACAUGGAGGAAGAUUUGAAGAAGCAAGGCGAGGCCAUUGA